AUGCCUCACAAGCAGGGGCAUGGGUACCAGAUCAAGCGGGAGACGGCGCCGCGCGGGCCGUACAACGCCAACCGCAAGUCACGUUACGUCGAGCUGGUGCUGGUGGUGGACCAGGAGGUGUUCCACGAGCACGACGACGAUCUCAAGGCCACCGUGCAUCGCACCAAGCAGAUCGCCAACAUCGUCAACUCGCUGUACGCGCCGCUCAACAUCUUCGUGGCGCUGGUCGGCGUCGAGGUGUGGACCGAGUUUGACGAGAUCACGCUCUCGGAGAACGGCGACACCACGCUCACGAGCUUCCUGCACUACCGACGCAAGCGGCUGGCCACCGCCAUGCCCAAUGACAACGCCCAGCUGUUGACGGGCAUCUCGUUUCAAGGAGGCGUGGUCGGCAAAGCUCUGAAGGGCCCCAUCUGCACCUUCGAGUUCAGCGGCGGAGUCAACAUGGACCACUCCAAACAGGUGUCGCUGGUGGCGACCACCGUGGCGCACGAGAUGGGCCACAACUUCGGCAUGGAGCACGACACGGACGACUGCGCAUGCGAGGAGCAGCGCUGCAUCAUGUCACCGUCGUCGAGCUCGGUGAGUCCCACCCACUGGAGCCAGUGCAGCCUCAACUACCUGACGCAGGCGUUCGGCCACGGCAUGGACUACUGUCUGCGCAACAAGCCGGCGAGCCUGUACGAGUCUCCGGUGUGCGGGAACGGGUUCGUGGAGCCGGGCGAACAGUGCGACUGCGGUCUGCCACACGCCUGCGAGAAUCGCUGCUGCGACGCCUCCACCUGCAUGCUGCGCGACGGCGCCGCCUGCGGCACCGGCCAGUGCUGCGACCUCACGGUGUGCCGGCCGAAGAAGGCGGGGACGCGGUGCCGCGAUGCUGGCCACGAGUGUGACCUCUCCGAGUACUGCACGGGCGACUCGGAGUUCUGCCCCAACGACGUGCACAAACAGAACGGCCUGCCGUGCAGCAGUGGCCAGUCGUACUGCUACGACGGCGUGUGUCGCACGCGCGAGGACCAGUGUCGCAUUUUGUGGGGCCCCAGCGGCAAGAACUCGGUCGACAACUGCUACGACCAGAACUCCAAGGGCAACCGACUGGGCAACUGCGGGUUCGACCGCCUCAACCAGACGUACCAGCGCUGCCAGACUGAGGACGUGAUGUGCGGCAUGCUGCACUGCGCGCACCUGAACGACCGGCUGCAGUUCGGCCUGGAGUCGGCCGCCAUCAUCUCCGCCACGUUCAUCAACAUCGGCGGCAAGGAGCUGCCCUGCCGCACGGCUGUGAUUGACCUGGGCCUGCGGGAGCGCGACCCCGGACUGGUGCCGAACGGCGCGCCCUGCGGACACAGGAAGAUGUGUGUGGAGCAGCGGUGUGUGGCCGUCGCUUCCGUGACGGACGGCUUCUGUGCGGACGGCUGUAGCGGGAACGGCGUGUGUAACUCGCUCGGCCACUGCCACUGCGACAAAGGCUGGGGGCCGCCGUUCUGCUUCGCCGGGAGAGGAGGCAGCGUCGACAGCGGGGGGCUCUGCACAGUGAAGGCGAUGGACACUGAUCGGCUCAGAGAGAUGGUGUCGGGAUAG